GCUGCGCCGGAAGUGCCUUCCAGAUAGUAAAUAAGCUGGGAAAAGCCAGGAGGAGGCCGUCUCCAUCUUGUCGGCGCCCGCCGCUCCCGCGACGUCGUGAAGAUGGGGAGCGUCCUGGGGCUCUGCUCCGUGGCAAGCUGGAUACCAUGUCUCUGUGGUAGUGCCCCCUGUUUGCUGUGCCGAUGCUGUCCUAGUGGAAACAACUCCACUGUGACUAGAUUGAUCUAUGCACUUUUCUUGCUUGUUGGUGUGUGUGUGGCCUGUGUAAUGUUGAUACCAGGAAUGGAAGAACAACUGAAUAAGAUUCCUGGCUUUUGUGAAAAUGAGAAAGGUGUAGUUCCUUGCAGUAUUCUGGUUGGAUAUAAAGCUGUGUAUCGUUUGUGCUUUGGCUUGGCUAUGUUUUAUCUUCUCCUCUCUUUGCUAAUGAUCAAAGUGAAGAGUAGCAGUGAUCCUAGAGCUGCAAUACACAAUGGAUUCUGGUUUUUUAAAUUUGCUGUGGCUGUUGCAAUUAUCAUUGGAGCAUUCUUCAUUCCAGAAGGAACUUUUACAACUGUGUGGUUUUAUGUAGGCAUGGCAGGUGCCUUUUGUUUCAUCCUCAUUCAGCUAGUCCUACUUAUUGAUUUUGCCCAUUCAUGGAAUGAAUCAUGGGUUGAAAAAAUGGAAGAAGGGAACUCAAGAUGUUGGUAUGCAGCCUUACUGUCUGCUACGGCUCUGAAUUAUCUGCUAUCUUUAGUUGCCAUCGUCUUAUUCUUUGUCUACUAUACUCAUCCAGCUAGUUGUUCAGAAAAUAAGGCAUUCAUCAGUGUCAACAUGCUCCUCUGCAUUGGCGCUUCCGUGAUGUCUAUACUGCCAAAAAUCCAAGAGUCACAACCAAGAUCUGGUUUGUUACAGUCUUCAGUAAUUACAGUCUAUACAAUGUACUUGACAUGGUCUGCUAUGACCAACGAACCAGAAACAAACUGCAACCCAAGUCUCCUAAGCAUAAUUGGUUUCAAUACCACAAGCUCUGCCCCAAAAGAAGGUCAGUCGGUCCAGUGGUGGCAUGCUCAAGGGAUUAUAGGACUGAUCCUCUUUUUGUUGUGUGUGUUUUAUUCAAGCAUCCGUACCUCAAACAAUAGUCAGGUCAACAAACUGACUCUAACAAGUGAUGAGUCAACAUUAAUUGAAGAUGGAGCCAGAAGUGAUGGAUCAUUAGAGGAUGGCGAUGAUGUUCACAGAGCUGUAGAUAAUGAAAGGGAUGGUGUCACAUACAGUUACUCCUUCUUUCACUUCAUGCUUUUCCUGGCUUCACUUUAUAUCAUGAUGACCCUUACCAACUGGUACAGGUAUGAGCCUUCCCGUGCGAUGAAGAGUCAGUGGACUGCUGUCUGGGUGAAAAUCUCUUCUAGCUGGAUUGGCAUCGUGCUCUAUGUGUGGACACUGGUGGCACCACUUGUUCUUACAAAUCGUGAUUUUGACUGAAUGGGACUCUUUGGCAUGCAAGACCCACUUUGGUCAUUUCAUUGUUUAUUUGAAAUUAACAGUAUUCCCAACUUUUGUACAGUUAUGUAUGUAUAUGUGCUCACUGUGUAACUUCUGUGUUCUGGCAUGAAUUAGAUUUUACUGCUUGCCAUUCAUUACUUGCUAAGUGCUCUGAUCAUGUGAAUUGGAAUGUGCAAAGUUUUGAGUAUGGUGGUGAGUUAGGAAAAGGACAGUGGUAGUCUUAUCCUCUGAUCUGUACAUACAAGUCAAACUGAGUUUGAUUUUAAAAUUGUUAGACCAUAAACUGUUUUAGGAAGCAUACAAGUAAAUGGAUAGCUACCUUUUGAAAUACGUAAUGUUUUGCCUUAUGGAAGACCACAAAGAACGUGGCUAUUCUAAACUGUGUAAAUAACUUAUUUAAAUAUUUGUUGUCUGAAAAAUACAAGUCUCUCUUGUCAGGAUUUUCCCUUUAUAUGAAGGUAGGGAACUUACACAGGCAAGGAAUGUUUAAUUAAAAGCAGUGUAGGUUGUGGAUGUAGGUAAAGGCACAGAGCCUUUAUUAUUGGUGGUAUGUAUUAUAUUGAAUAUGCACUGAGAUGGUAAUCUCUGUGUCGACAUGAUGGUCAUCACCAACAAAUGAACUUUGUUUUGGUCUUUAUAAAUCCAUGCCAAGUUGUUGUUUUAAUGGAGCUAUUAGUAUUUGGACAGUUUUGAAAAGAAUAAUCAUAGGUUAGAAAAAACUUGUUGAAACUUUGAAAGCUAGUUUUGAAAAUCAAAGGUGACAAACUUCUGAUUAGUCAGGAAAAUACUAGGCUUCAGUAUAUUAAAAAUAUAGUUCAAUGCUUUUUCAUUAAAAAAAUGAAGAACCUGAAGCAGAUUUAAGUAGCUCAAGUAGCCAAGUAGUAGCAAAGCUGGGAAAUUCUAAGUCUACCAAAAAUAGUUACAUCCUCUUUGCCAUAAAAUGUACUUUCUAUUCAUAAUUGACUUUAUACCUCAUUAGUGGUGGAAAACUUAUGUGAUAUGUGUUGAUGCUGUUCAGCAUGCUUUUGAUCCAUGCACUAAAGCCAAGAGGAUGAUGGGCUGUUGUAGAAUAAAGUUCUGCUUAUCAUAUACUAUGCAUUAAAAAAAAUGGUUUAAAUUGCUUUUUCAUUUACUGCUCAUAUAUUGGAAAUAUAUAAUUAUAAUCUUUCAACCUGAAAAUCAAGCAGUGACACUUUAGAUAGGAACUCUUAGUUAUUUGUAUGUGUAAUUAGUGUCUAGUAAAGCUUUUUGAACUCUAUUGCCUCUUUAAUAAUAUUUAUUAAUGUUAAUGGAGUAACAAUUCAGUUAAUUCCCCAACCUUAUUCUGUAUGUUGUUACUGUGUUUCAUAAUAUUGAGUGGCUGUGUUCUAUUAUCUGAAUAAAUCAUUUCAGAGAAA